AUGUAUGUUACACCGGAGAAUUAUAAGUGUAUAGGUGAUAAUGAUGUUGAUGUGGUGGAUAAGGUUGGUAAUGAAUCUGGAAAACAAGAAGUUCCAUUUUUGCAUGAUGUUGAACUAAAAGGUUUUGAUGAGUUUGCGGAUUGUGACAAGUUGGAUAUACCCGGCCUAGAGAGUGAUUAUAAUGGAGAAGAAUUUGAUGAUGAACCUAAACUUAUUUAUUCAGAUACCAUGUUUCAUGGUAAGCCCCCAUUGCCUUCGUGUCCUGUAAAUGAUAAUGUGAACAUUCAAUGUCAGAGGUUGGAUAUAAAUGAAAAGAUUAAGGUUUUAGACAUUUUUGAUGACAAAGAGUCGCUCAAGCUUGCAAUUGGAAGACAAUGCAUGGAACAAGGUAAGUAG